AUGGCGCCACCAGCAAACGAAGUGCCGCACUACCUGCACCCGGACUUUGACCCAUGGUCAAUCAAAAUGAACCAGAUUCGCGACAUUCUGAUCCAGCACAACGUCAAGACCCCAACAGGGGCCGUCCGGAAGCAGCAACUCGUUGACCUCUUCAACGAGUAUAUCAAGCCUGACGUUCCUGAGCUUGGAGACUCGGAGGAUAUGAUUGAGCACGAGGAUACCCUCAAUUUCCCCAAGAUCAAACUCAAGAAGACCAACAGUCGCGCCAAGCUCUCCAAGGAGAACGGCACUGUUGAGACGAAACAGGAAGAAGAACCAACUCGAGGCAGGAAGCCCAAAAAGGCUGAUUUGCAGAGUGACGACGAGACCCGAGACAGGAAGCCACGAAGUACUGACUUGCAGAGUGACAACGAAAGCCGACCCCGAGGUCGUCCCAGGAAGGUGACAAGGGAGAAGAGCAACAACUUUUCGGACGAGAACCCAUUCCAGAGCGGCAGCGAGUCAGGACCCGGUCGGUCGCGAUCACGCACAACCCCUACAUUGGUUCGGUCACGAUCUAGUACACGCAUUGCCUCUCGAAGGGCAGCAAGGGAGAGCGAAGAAGCAGUAAAUCAGGAUCACGUCUUCAAAGUCCCAGCACAACCUGCAUUUUCAAAGUUCAUGAAGCCCUCGCCCGUCGCCAAGGAGAAGAAGACGGAUUCAUCAUCGAGAUCAUCAACAUCGCCACCACCAGUAAAGCCACGUCAAAUUACCGAUACAGAACUUCCAAGCCCCAAAGAGCUCAACAUCACGUCUUCACAGGACGAUAAGGAUGACAUGAGGGAGCUGAAGGAGAACCUGCGGCAGACCCUGAAAUACCUGUGGGUUGUCCUUCCAGUCAUUUUUCUUGCAUAUGGCGUCUGGUACCGUCAGGCGAGAUUCGACGUUGGCUUCUGUACCCCCGCCACAGACGAAUUGACCAAGGGCAAGAGCUGGUUUUCUCCAUCAUGCAUCCCUUGCCCUGACCACGCGACUUGCAUUGACCCGGACGCUGAUCCUAUCUGCCCUCCGGAGUACAUGCUGAAACCCCAGCUUUUGAGUUUUGGCAACCUCUUCCCACUCUCGCCGAUCUGCGUUCUGAACAAGGCCAAGGAGUACCAGAGUCUUCGGGUUGCCAAUGCUGCCGAACAGCUUUUGCAGAUCCAUGCAGGAAAUGUCGAGUGCGGGAUGUUGACUAGGGAUAAGGCACCCGUCGACAGUGCCGAAUAUAACGCCCGCCGCAGCAUCCCAACCGAUGAUCUCCAAUUCCAACUCGAGCAACUCAAAGAUGCCAGCAUUGAUAGGGAAGAAUAUUUGCAGCUCUGGAAGCUGGCGCUGAAGGAACUUCAUCGCCGACCUGACACUAUUGUUUUUGAGCACGGAUUGGCAAAUGAGGAGCGUAUUCGAUCAUUGAGACCACGCAAGUCAUUGGGCUGCCGCCUUCGUCAGGCCUUUGUUGGCUGGGCCCUCAGGUUCAAGUUUAUCCUCUUCACACUGACGGCGGGACUGAUUGGAGCAGCAGCAGUUCAUGUGCACAUUGCUCGCAGACGCAAGGAGGCACGUAUUGUUAAUGGCCUAGUCCAGAACGUGUUGGCCAAACUGUCGGAUCAAGCACAUUACUACUACGUCGACCGAGUCCUCUACCCAGAAGCGUACCUCCCAGAAUACCACCUCCGGGAUGUUUUGCUGGCUGAUGUUCAUUCCCCAGCGCGGCGACAGGAGAUCUGGAAUAAGGUCGAGGCAGUGGUCGAGCGUAAUUCGAAUGUUAGGGCCACCUCGGAGGAAGUCCGCGGGGAGUUGCAUCGUGUUUGGGAGUGGGUUGGGUCGACUGGAGUUUAUAAUCAACAGAACCAGCAGAACCAGGAUCAGCAGAGCUAUAGGCAUCACGAGCAUCAGAAUCAGGGGAAUAAGGAGGAGGAGCGGUAUUUGAGGGAUGACCAUUUGGGCGGCUCUGUGGGUACUGGUGCUGGAACUGGACGGGCAGUGAGGGGUGUGCCCAAGGUACCCCCUCGUGUGGGACCUCAUGGAAGUUUUUUUGGAAUGCGACGUGAGGACUCGGAGUACCUUAACCCCGAGAAUUCGUUGUACCCUUCUCUCUCCCAGCAGGAUUAUGGAUCCUACUCCCAGAACUAA